GUUUGCUUUCCCCGUCCCGGGCCUCGCGAGCUCGAAACACCCCCCGGCGGUCCGGCAUCCCUCCCAUGUCGCAGUAGUGCUGACCAAAACCCUAACCCUAAAUUCCUCCACCGACGCCCUCUUCUUGAGGCCGUAUACAUGGACGCGAAGGACAUUCUCGGGCUCCCGAAGACCCCCUUCUCGUCCUCUCAGGAGAAGAAGUCGCGGCCGCCCAAGGAGCCGCAGCGCAAGCCCGAUGGCGUCUCGCGCGAGGUCUAUGCGCUCACAGGAGGGGUGGGAAUGGCCCCGCUCAUGCCGACUAUCGAGGCAUCUCACCUGAAGCGGCGGCCUGCUGCGGAGAAGGAGAAGGUAGCAUGGCAGUGGUUACCUUUCACAUCCUCUGCGCGAACUGACAACCUUCAACUCUAUCACUGGGUUAGAGUUGUUAAUGGUGUUCCACCAACUGGUGACUAUCAGUUUGCAAAAUAUAAUAAGAAAGUGGAUAUUCUUAAAUACACGGAUGAGGAGUACGAGAAGUAUUUAAUUGAUCCUGCUUGGAGUAGGGAGGAAACAGACCAGCUAUUUGAAUUAUGUGAACGGUUUGACCUUCGUUUCAUAGUAAUAGCAGAUAGGUUUCCAACUUCUCGCAGUGUGGAAGAUCUGAAGAGCCGCUACUAUUCUGUUUCUCGGACUCUACUAAUUCAUAGGGCCCGGUCAUUUGAUGAUGUUUCUGGGAACCCCCUUGUGAAGGAUAGCUAUGAUGCUGCUCAUGACACUGAGAGGAAGCGUGCACUAUCAGCACUUCUCUCCCAAACUAAACAGCAAGAACGAAAGGAUGCUGAGACUUUGGCAGAAGCAAAACGCAUUAUGGAAUCCCGUGCUGCUAGCAAAACUGUGGAUGAAGCUGGCAUGCCUUCGAGCUCUUAUAAUGCAAUGGUUCCUGUUGAUGGUGUAUCUCCCUUGAGUAGCACUCAUCCACCGCUAACACAUCCAAAUACAGCAGCGAACAGCUCCAUACCUAAUUCACUACGAGCGCUUCGAGUGUAUUUGAGAACCCAUGCGCUUGAUCAAAUGGUCCAAGCAGCAAGUGCUUCAGCUGGCCUUAGAGUUAUCAAAAGGGUUGAUCAAACACUACAAGAUCUAGGGGUGAAUUUGAAGCCUAAGGUUCCAACGAAAGCAGUUUGUGUAGAACAUCUUGAAUUGCAGUACGAGAUACUCACAUUGCUUAACUUACAGAAGCAGCUGCAAAAUAAAGAGGCAGAAGUUUUAGCUAACCGAGAAAGUUCCUUCACGGAGGCACCAAGCACUCCUAAGCGUUCUAACAGAGAUAUUGAUCGUCCCUUCGUCCCUGAUACAGUUGGGUUUACAGGUGAAAGAGCAGGCAAACGGGAUCACAAGCGGAAGUUUCUACUUUAGACUACAGAGGAUUUGUUGGAAAUCUAGUAUCAUCUGCUACAUGGAUUCAUCUUAUAUAUGUUUUUAACUAUUUCAAGACUUCAUCUCAAAUCAUUUUUGCCAGAACACUGGAAGAUUUAUAGAUCCGCCUCCGUCACCACCCCAAUCCAAGAGGCCUAGGAAAUUGAAGGGAUCAGAUUGAUAAGGCUGUUCAAAUAGCCGACGGAAACAUUUCUUUAGUCAAACAACCCUGUAAUGCCAUAUCAUACUGAAUCUGAACACAAUAUUUUUCUGGUUAUCUAGUUACCAUUUCAGCGCAGACGAUUGAGUUUUACAACAUAUUUGAAUCAUGUAUCACUUUCAGGCUUACAUCUAGAGAUGAACAUGAACAAAAUAGGUCAGUUCGGCCUUGGUGGAAGUCAGUGUGGAACUUCAGAUGGUCAAUCUUGCAGGAAUCUGCUUUCAUGGCUAGAAGAUGCGCAUGCCCUGUCUCUGGCUCUCUGCUGGGCGGAUCUUGAAUCUUAUCUUGGCUGGGAUAUUCGGUUCAGUUUUGUAUUUGUAAUUAUGACAUGUAUGUAGAGGUAACUUUGUUAUCAAACUCCUACCUGUUCAGCUGAUUUCUGAUUUGAUCUUAGCACCGGUUUUGUUAGCGUAUGUUGCUAUAGUUUGGCUAGCUUCUCAUGUAUGGGACACAUAAACCAGUCAGUCCGUUUUUUGCACCUGCU